AUGACCAAGGGCAAAACUGUUGAGUCGACAAGAUCGCUUCAUACUGACGUCAAGACACUCGUUCUCGACUAUAAUGAAGUCGAGACCAAGCCCAACUGCAAGCGGACUGCUAUACCAACACCAAGAUGA